GAGAAAGUGGUGACACCGCUGGGGUGCAGAGGGAGUCCCUGAAACUUCUCCCAACAGCCCCAGGGCCAAUCUCCCUUCAGCCCACUCACCCCUUCGCCAGCUCCCAGGUCCCCACUCCCUGCACCGGGGGUGGGGUGGGGAGCCAGGCCCGUCUCCCUCUGGGACACACACAGGGGCCGGGAGCGGGGACGGGACCCCCGAGGCUAAGGGGACGAACCGACAGACAGACGGCCGGGAUCCCGGCCCAGCGGGCAGGCAGGCAGGAGGAGGCGGAGGCGGGGGUACGUCUGGGAGGACUGGGUCUGGGGAGUUUCCUCUCAACUAUCGGGGGAGAAACUCCCCGCAGCCGGAGGAGAGACCCAGACGGUGUUUUCCUCACGGGGGCCCUGCUCCCCCGCCCCGUGUAGCGGCGGUCGCCGCCACCGGCGCCGCCACCUACCAUCUCUUUCUCCACCACCUCGGGCCCCGGUGUCCCCGGCCAGCACUAUGCCCAUCUUACUGUUCCUGAUAGACACGUCUGCGUCUAUGAACCAGCGCAGCCAUCUGGGCACCACCUACCUGGACACGGCCAAAGGCGCGGUAGAGACCUUCAUGAAGCUCCGUGCCCGAGAUCCUGCCAGCAGAGGAGACAGGUACAUGCUGGUCACUUUCGAAGAGCCACCCUAUGCCAUCAAGGCUGGGUGGAAAGAAAACCAUGCAACGUUUAUGAAUGAACUGAAAAACCUUCAGGCUGAAGGACUUACGACUCUUGGCCAAUCCCUAAGGACAGCUUUUGAUUUAUUAAAUUUAAAUAGAUUAGUAACUGGCAUAGACAACUAUGGGCAGGGAAGAAACCCUUUUUUUUUGGAGCCAGCAAUAAUUAUUACGAUUACUGAUGGGAGCAAAUUGACUACAACCAGUGGAGUGCAGGAUGAGCUUCAUUUACCUCUCAAUUCUCCUUUGCCUGGAAGUGAAUUGACCAAGGAGCCUUUUCGUUGGGAUCAGAGACUCUUUGCAUUAGUGUUGCGGUUGCCUGGCACCAUGUCGGUAGAAUCAGAACAGUUGACAGGUGUACCUUUGGAUGACUCUGCAAUCACACCAAUGUGUGAAGUAACAGGAGGCCGUUCAUAUUCUGUAUGUUCUCCAAGAAUGCUUAAUCAGUGUCUGGAGUCCUUGGUGCAAAAGGUGCAAAGUGGGGUGGUAAUAAACUUUGAGAAAGCAGGACCAGACCCUUCUCCUGUGGAAGAUGGGCAGCCAGAUGUGUCAAGACCUUUUGGAUCUCAGCCUUGGCAUAGUUGUCACAAGCUCAUAUAUGUCAGACCAAAUCCUAAAACUGGGGUUCCUAUAGGUCAUUGGCCUGUUCCGGAAUCAUUUUGGCCAGAUCAGAAUUCCCCAACACUACCACCUCGUACAUCUCAUCCUGUAGUGAAGUUUUCCUGUACAGAUUGUGAACCAAUGGUUAUCGACAAAUUGCCUUUUGACAAAUAUGAGUUGGAACCUUCACCACUGACUCAGUUUAUCCUGGAAAGGAAAUCUCCUCAAACAUGUUGGCAGGUAUAUGUGAGCAAUAGUGCAAAGUAUAGUGAACUUGGUCAUCCUUUUGGUUACUUGAAAGCCAGCACAGCACUGAACUGUGUCAACUUAUUUGUGAUGCCUUACAAUUAUCCAGUCCUUCUUCCCCUUUUAGAUGAUUUGUUUAAAGUACAUAAAGCAAAACCAACAUUGAAAUGGAGACAGUCAUUUGAAAGUUACUUGAAGACAAUGCCUCCCUACUAUCUUGGGCCCUUGAAGAAAGCUGUUAGAAUGAUGGGAGCACCUAACCUAAUAGCAGACAGUAUGGAAUAUGGACUUAGUUACAGUGUCAUUUCAUACCUCAAGAAACUGAGUCAACAGGCCAAAAUAGAAUCUGAUCGAGUUAUUGGAUCCGUAGGCAAAAAAGUAGUACAGGAAACUGGAAUUAAAGUAAGAAGUCGGUCCCAUGGUUUAUCAAUGGCCUAUAGGAAAGACUUUCAACAACUGCUCCAGGGAAUUUCAGAGGAUGUUCCUCAUAGACUGCUGGACCUUAAUAUGAAGGAGUAUACCGGGUUCCAGGUUGCUUUGCUGAAUAAGGAUUUGAAACCACAGACAUUUAGAAAUGCUUAUGACAUACCAAGACGGAAUCUUUUGGAUCACUUAACAAGAAUGAGAUCCAAUCUUUUGAAGACCACCCGGAAAUUUCUUAAAGGACAAGAUGAAGAUCAAGUGCAUAGUGUUCCCAUAGCACAAAUGGGGAAUUACCAAGAAUACCUCAAGCAAGUACCUUCUCCACUAAGAGAACUUGAUCCUGAUCAGCCUCGAAGGUUGCAUACAUUUGGCAAUCCCUUUAAGCUGGAUAAAAAGGGUAUGAUGAUAGAUGAAGCAGAUGAAUUUGUUUCUGGACCUCAAAAUAAACAUAAACGACCUGGAGAACCAAAUAUGCAAGGGAUUCCUAAAAGACGGCGAUGCAUGUCUCCACUGCUGAGAGGCCGACAACAGAGCCCUGUUGUGAACAAUCAUAUUGGAGGAAAAGGACCACCUGUACCUAUGACUCAAGCACAGCCAGAUCUUGUUAAACCUCUUCCUCUUCAUAAAAUUUCAGAAAGUAAUGAUUCAGCAAUAGAUGAUGUGGUUGAAAAUCAUAUUGCAGACCAACUUCCAUCCGACAGUACACCAAAUGCUAUGGAUACUGAAUUUUCAACAUCGUCUUCUCCAGCCAGUUUAUUGGAACGACCAACCAAUCAUACAGAAGCCCUGGGUCAUGAUCAUUUAGGAACUAAUGACUUAACUGGAGGUGGAUUUUUAGAAAACCAUGAGGAGCCAAGAGAUAAAGAACAAUGUGCUGAAGAGAAUAUACCAUCAUCUUCACUUAGCAAAGGGAAGAAAUUGAUGUACUGCAGAAGCCAUGAAGAGGCCAACACUGAGCUAAAAGUACAGAUAAUGAAGGAGAUCAGGAAACCAGGAAGAAAAUAUGAAAGAAUCUUCACUUUACUGAAGCAUGUGCAAGGCAGUUUACAGACAAGACUAAUAUUUUUACAAAAUGUCAUCAAGGAAGCAUCAAGGUUUAAAAAACGAAUGCUAAUAGAACAACUGGAGAACUUUUUGGAUGAAAUUCAUCGAAGAGCCAAUCAGAUCAACCAUAUUAAUAGCAAUUAAAAGAAACUAGAAUGUGACCACUUAGUUCACUCUCUUCUGCAAACAGAAAGUAAAUACAGGACUGUUGUGAUCUUGCAUUCAUUUUUGACAUGCAUUGUUGGCUAUUGGAAACAAAAAGCAAGUCUACAGAUCCUUUUCCCAUCAUUUUACAGUGCCCUUCUCUUCAUUUCGGUUUAUUUUUGUAAUGUGAACAGUAUCACUCUUUAAAAAAACAGCAAAACAAAAACCCACAUUUUAAUUUAACAAACUAAAAAUAGUCCUCCAAAUAUCUUGCUUGUCAUUGACUCUUGCGUGUCAAUUUCCCUCAGGUUCUAUUUUCUUAAACCAACCUUUAAAAUUGUCACUUCUGUUAAGGUUGAACUUUGCCAAAAAAUGGAAAACAAAACAAAAAAAAGGAGUUACUUUGUAAUUUUUGGGGAAAAAAAGCACAUACAUUAAAAGUAGGUAAUGUUUUGUAUAUACAGUUAUUUUGGAUAUAUUAUUGUAAGUUGUACAAAUGUAUUUUGAAGAAUAUUUAAGAAAAGCACUUUUGUUAUUCCAUCAAUAAAUGCUCUAUUUUA